CCGAGAGGCAGCAGCGCUGGAGCUCUACGGAUCCUCUUCGCUCCGUUGCCUGCGGCUGCUGAGGGAGGGGACUGGCUGCUUCCAUCCAAGCAGUGAAGCUCAUGAAGAGAGGGCUCCUUGCCCUCCACUCCUAUUGCCUGUGACGGAAGGGCAUCAGCAGUAAUGCUGUCCAGUUGGGCUGCCAGUUGACACCUCAAGACUGGGAUUAAGAACCAUCCCCAUCAGCAAACCAUGUGAAUUCGAGAGUAGCGGAGAAGAAAGUGCACUUUGGUACGUCUGUUGCUGAAAAGACGAUAUCCUGAUUCCAGCAAUAAGACAGCAAAUCUUCCCUGCACAAAUCUCACUACUUGGGAGAAGAUGUUCCUAUAUAAGUCACCAGCAAGGUCGUGGUCUGAACCAGCUGCUCUAGUGCCCAGUCCCAACACUCCUGCCUGCUCUGAAAGAAAGCUGACUUUUUGAUUGUUCCUAAUGAGAAACUCAAAACUCCAAACUCUUUAAGCAAGUAUCAAUAGCCCAAACCACAGCAGUCUCGCCAAGCAGAAAACCACCUUCCCCAGCUCAUACAAGGAUAAACCACCUGCUGUGGGAGACGUUGGCAGGAAGCUGACUCAGUUUGUUUGGAAAGCAACACUUGCAAAGACCAAAGAAGUGCAAACCUUUGCAGCUCAGCUUGAGAGAAGGACCAGAGCUAUUCACCUGUCAAAGGAAGUGACCCACCAAAAGAAGGACCAAAGCAUUUUCAGGACAAAAUAAAAGUCAGAUGGCAGCAUAAAACGCAAGUCUAAUGCUUGUAUCAUUGCAAUAGCAACUUGCAAAACUAUUCGUAAAGGCCUCUCUCAUGCAGUGUUCUUACCUGUGUGAACCAGCAGUCUUGAGACAAAGAGGAUGGGGCAUUUCUUGCUGAAGCCACUGUACUAUCUGUCCUAAAUUUCCCCUCUUGACCUCCUUUGUGGAUCUCGUGAGGUAAGACAGGAAACCUGAAAGUAAAUAGGGAAAAUGGACCAAAGCUGACAGAGAGCAAUGACUGAGAUUUAUUUCAAAUUCCGUGGAAACCUGACUGGCCGUGUCCACUUACCAACUCUGGCGACAGAAGUAGACACAACAGCAGAUAAAUACUCUGGCCUCUACGUGUACAUGGGAUUGUUCCUAACACUUCUGGCUAUCCUUCUCAUAUUGCUUUUCUCCAUGCUCUUGCGCCUUAAGCAUGUUAUUUCCCCAAUCACCACAUCUCCAGAGAACACUGAAAACGCCCAGCAGUUCACGGAUGUGGAAAUGCACAGCAGGAUUCCCACCAUUUAAAGACCCCAAAGCAAAGAGGGCUGUGUUCUUGUGAAACAUGCUUUGUUCAGCUGAAUGGCAGUGGAAAGAAUCUCUGCCUGCCUAUUGAGCCCUGUAACUUAUCUUACAUCCAUCAACAGCAGCACAGAGCAUCUGGAGAGCGUCCCGCAGCGCAGACUGACUGCCUGGAACCCACUGGCUGCUGACACUACAGGCAAUACAUGUGCCUCAAUAAAAUUUACAUUACAGAAACCUACUACUGUCAGGAAAGACUCAUAUCCCUCUGAAAACCCUUGCAGAAAAUGGUAAAAGCCACAACAAUGGCAGCCAAAACCUCAAAGACACCAGAAUGUGUCGUGAAGCCUGUAUUUGCCUAUCUCUGCCUGUAAAUUCCUUGCUUGUGGAGUCGAAUCAACAAGGUUAAGUGGUAUAAGCAAGAUCCCACGGGGCAUGUUGCUGUUAUUAUCAGUGGUUUGGAAAUUCUCAGGUAUUUCACAUUCAAGAAGGAAAACCUUAAACUAUUUUUGCCUACUUGAAUGGUGGAUUUACACAACAGAGUUUCAGAAGUAUAUAAAAGUUUCAUCACCUGCUAGAACUAUUGUUUUCUGACAUUAAAAACCAUGCAGUGGAUAGUUGCAUUCCAGAUGCAAGAAAGACACAGAACUUCUAAAAGUGGAAAGAAAAUAAAGAUAAAAUUUAACAAAGGUUUGAAAUAAAAAGAAAGCAUCAGCAGGAAAUAAGCAGCAGAAGAGGAAAAAAAAAAAGUUAAAAGACUCUCUACCUCUCUUCCUUUGUUCUGACAUUAACUGAGCUGAAUACAAACAUGUUCACGCCUUUCAGCCUUCCCAGUAUCAAAUUAAAUUGUGAUGUAAAGUUUGUGCGUCAAAUGAACAUUUUUCUCCUAAGAGACUCAAAUCCGUAACAUUUCCUCUCAUAUCCUUGGGUUUUCUUUCUCAAAAGACAGACCAGUUCUUCCAAAGCUUUUUCAUUUGUUUUCCUCCAAAGAAAGCUGAAGAAGGCCAGGGCCUGGCACUGCAAUAAUGAGUAGCGUGAACAGCUUUGGACAUAGACUAGUAGGGAAUGUGCAGAUGGAAAGUAAACUCACUGAGCACUAAAAGACAGAACUGCGUUCAAAUAUCCUGGUGGAUCUUUUGGAACAGUGAGAAAAAAAAAAUGUUCACUUAAAUUUAUGAAAAAACAAUCUGACCGAGUCCCCUUACCUAUGAAUGAUGUAUACAGGUAGGCUUUGCUUCUGUGGAUGGGAAAGAUGGAAUCAAAUACCACAAACCAAAUCUGGGAGAGCCAGUGCCUCUUACAGAGAAACUUUGAGUGAGAUUGUUUCACCUACACCUCUGAAGGGCACAAAUUUUACCCAGCUUAUCUUCUUAAUUACAGUCUAAUUCUAGCUUAGCCAUAAAAUCCCCUGGGACUCUCCACAUUUAUACAGACCUAUUUGCCAAUUCUCCUCUCUCCAAGGGCUUGGAAAUUGUACACUCCCCAUACAAAAACAGCGCUAAAAUUAUAGAUGACAAUGACUCCAUGGGCUUAUGAUGGCAACAAGAAACUAUUUCUCAAAUGCUUUGUGUGCAACAAGUCCUUUAUUUACCUUUAAAGGUCUUCACAAGCAUGAGCUGUUUGGACAAGGACUAUGGCUUUUGCAGGUGAUUGUGUGUCGGGGAGAGCAGAAUCACAAGUAACACCAAUGCGGACACAGUUGUUCCACAGGCAAGACUAGUGUUGUUCUCACCGACGUAUUUAGUAUGUAACUACUUAAAGGUUGCUUCUUUAUAUUGACUAGCACCUUUGAUACUGCAUUAACCUCCACACAAACAGGUUUAAUCUGUGAAAUAGCACAGUGACUCUAUAAGGGAAUACAGCAAACAAUACACACAAUAGCUCCCUGUGCCACACUUGGCUGUGUUUACCUGGAAAAGAAGGCAGGAGGUGGGUUGCCCUCAAGCUUUCUGUCUUGAGGACAACACACAGAUUUCACCAGGCAGGAUGGUGGCUUCACAUCCUAUCUAAAGAUUGGCUCCUCAAAGGGUGCUACUCUCAGUACUGCACAAGAGCCCAAAUCCUGUGUGAUGAUUUGGAAAUUAAUCCAGCUGAGGCAGACGGCUACCAAGUCAGUCAAUUACGUUUAAAUUUAACAGAAAUCUAUGCAGAUCAAGUUGGCUCAGUACGUGUCAUUCAUUCAGCCACCGUGAGGCAGGCUUGCCCAGGCUCAACAUCUGGCUUGCCCUGUACAUCUUCUCAAUUUUCCUGACAUGCCAUUCAAAUGCUACAGCUUAUUUAGACCAUGAAUAUUCUAACAUAUUAAAUAAUCAACUAAAACUCUUUAGCCUUCCAGCACAGCUAUCUGUGAAAAAGCCUUAUUUCCAAGGAGCCGAAGGACAGAUUAAAAUAUUGACAAAAAAUAUCAGGUCCCCUAAUGGAAAAUGACAGUAUCAGAUCUGAGCUGGGACCCAGACUAUGAUUGCUCUGAUCUCAGCUGAAAAGCCCUCCAGAAGUAGGUGUCAAGACUGUAUUUCUUUCCUUCUCACUAAAGAAGGUUAGUUCAGAAGAGUCUCGCAACCAUUUAAAACUUAUUCAGUAAAUAUACUGUAAAUAAAGGAGCAAUCACUUUACACAUCAUUACGUUACAUCACAUUACAUCAUAUUAUGUCUUUGGGCAGACUGUGUAUUUCUAUAUAAUACUGCUAAGGAAGAGAGCCCCAUCUUCUAACACAAAAAAAAAAAUGACACGUUUUCUUUUGGAAAGCUUCAUUUCACACUAACUAUAUGUCUCACUUGAGACAUCUACAGUCCCAGAGGCACUUAGAGAUCCUAAUUCCUCUGUACAAUGCAAACAAAUUUUAAAGCCUUUCCCAUUAAGAAAUAAGAGAAUGUCUUCCCCCUGCAUUUUGUUCUCAUUUGUAACAUCCAAGACCCAAUUUCUCAGAGAAAAGAGACUCUUGGGAUGUGUUGACCUGUGUUUGCUGAGUUGACUUCAGUGGACUUGCCAUUCUUUGAUUAUAAGGAGUGGUAGUUGGAACUUUUGCACGGAUUUGCUACAACUUGGAAAACUGCAGGUGUCACAUCCAAACCUUUCCCUUCCAACAUUCUAUUUCCUUCCCACUUGUCACAGAAAAUUGGAGAGUUUCAACAAAAAUAAAAAGACACACUGCUGUCAAUGGUGAGUCAUUGACUGCUCUGUACUUUUCCCAGGUGUGGAGCUGAGAGACCGGCUCAUGUGCAGAAAUAGGCUCAAGUGGUGCUAUUCAUUUCUAAUUAAUUGUUGGCCUCAGAGGGCAUCCAUGUAAGGAGACCGCCUACCAGUCUGUGUGAGUAUUACUUCAACCAGGACCGUUUCCUCCCACCUUAGACACUGGAAACAAGUAUGACUAUUUAGUAAAUCCAUCACCACCUCCGUCCCCUACCUGUGGGGGAAGACAGCCACCUGUUGUUCUGAAGGAGCAGCAAAACGACUACGCAUUGCCAUGGGAAGCCAGAGUAAGCCUACAGUCGUCAGAAAACCACCAUCACUUCCAGAUCUCCCAGGGUAUUUAGUCUAGCAGAUAUCAGGACCCGAGUACAGUGUAACUCCCCAAAACACACUUGUUCUACAAGAUUCAUGCUUGGGUAACCUCAUCCAUAUGAUUCCUAUCCACAUUCCUAUCCAUGAUUUUCCUGCAUUAACGAACCCUUAAGUAUUGAGGAGAAAGAGUUGAUACAUUGAAUACGUUCAUUGUGUGUCAGAAUACAUAAACAUAAAUGCAUAUUUUUCAUGUCCUCACAGGGCUGCAGAGAAGACCAUAAUUUUGCAAAAACCAUAACUCACUGGAUGAUCAACCUUGACCUCCCCUUGAGGACCUUUCUUCAUUUUACUUGAAAUAAAAAAUGUUUGAAACCCAAUUACUAUGAGAGGCCACACAUCUACUUAAUUGUCAGCAUUAAUUAAAACUUACUUUUAUGCCUGGUCGUCACUAGGAAAAGAAAUAUAUCCUUACUCUGCAGUCACUAAUGUGGUAACUACUAAUGAGGUAACACCCUAGUGCAGACAGACAGCUAUUGCUUUAAAGAAGGUUAAGCCAACCAGGAAGGACACAGACAACUCCUCCUGCUACUUACUUUCUGCCACAGUAAAUGCUACAGGUCAUCUUAUUUGCUACAGAUUAGGUAGCAAUUUGGGCAAGGCUGUGUAAUGACUGCAUCUCUCUUUUCAAAGCACAUACAUCUUUGUGGCGUUCCUAUACUUCAGCUUAAUUGACUAGUACCCAUAUGGACAGUGUUUGUCCACGGUCCUGUUUAUUCAUGUGCCCUGCAAAAAAAAAAAUGUGCAGUCUUACAAUAAUAUGUAUGACUAAAAAUUCAGACGCAGAUAUAUCUGAAAAGGGGAAAAAUCCCAAAUGGCAUUUUCUUGGUGUAUGAGCUAUCAACUUAGUCGUUGCCAUUUUGAUAGAAAAAUAAACCUAGAGAUACCGAAGUGUGCUUGAUAGAUGCAAUGGGCUUAUAAAGGCUACACACAAUGUUAAGUAAAAAGCUUCCAAAUAUAUAAUUCUAUAAAUAAAUACUAAAGCUACAAGAGAUGACUCCCUUUGCGGAUGGGGGAAGACAUUCUUUUCGGUUA